ACAAUGAACGUAGGAGUUGCCCACAGCGAGGUAAAUCCAAACACGCGGGUGAUGAACAGUCGUGGAAUGUGGCUGACGUAUGCGCUCGGAGUUGGCAUGCUGCACAUUGUCUUGCUCAGCAUUCCUUUCUUUAGUGUCCCUGUCGCCUGGACUUUGACAAAUGUGAUUCACAACCUGGGAAUGUAUGUGUUUUUGCAUGCAGUGAAGGGAACUCCUUUUGAAACACCUGAUCAGGGGAAAGCCAGGCUACUAACGCACUGGGAACAGCUGGAUUACGGAGUACAAUUUACAUCUUCAAGGAAAUUCUUCACAAUCUCUCCUAUAAUUCUGUACUUCCUGGUGAGUUUCUACACCAAGUAUGAUCCAACACACUUCAUCCUCAACACAGCCUCUCUCCUGACCGUGCUUAUCCCCAAGCUGCCACAGCUGCAUGGCGUUCGAAUCUUCGGCAUCAAUAAAUAUUAAGCAGAAGGUUUG